UACUCAGGCUCGCAUCAAACCCUCGCAGGCCUGAACAGUUCCAUUUUGCCAAUAAUCUCAUUUUCGACCCCUACACUUCUUUUCCUCUCGGCAGCCUUGCCACAGACCGCGACUUGACGCGACGUGCAGCCGCAAAGUCAGCGGUUUCCAGCGACUGCCCGACCACCAUUUCUGAUUAGCCAUUCAACCAUCGACCGCGAAGCACCGUCGAGCUUUCGCAUCGCGCUUCUCAUCAAUCGAAUAGCGGCGCUUGUCGAUCAGCCACUCAAAAACCUAAACAUAAAUCCCCGCAUCAUUCACUUCGGUGCCUUUCCCUAGCCAUCAUGUCCGGCAAACUCGACCAGUCUCUUGAUGAGAUCCUCUCCAGCCAGCGGCGCAACAACCAGGGCAAACGCCGCUCUCAGCGUCGCACUGCUGGCACCAACCGCCCCGCCACUACUGCCCCGGCUGGCGGCAUCCAGAAGAAUGCAAAGGCUGCGCGCAACGCAGCCAAGCCCACGCCUGCCAAGGGCGCUGGCCUAGUCGGCGAGAGCAAGAUCAUGGUCAGCAACCUGCCCAAGGAUGUUUCCGAAGGCCAAAUCAAGGAAUAUUUUCAACAAGCUGUUGGUCAGGUGAAGAAGGUUGAACUCUCCUAUGGCCCUGGUGGAGUCAGCCGUGGCAUUGCCCAUGUCACCUUCCACCACGCCGACGGCGCCAGCAAGGCUUUCUCCACCCUGAACGGACUCCUCAUCGACAACAAACCCGUCAAGGUUGAGGUUGUUGUUGCCUCUGCCGAUCUCAUCCCCCAGCCCAAGCCGCUGGCUCAGCGCAUCGCUCAGCCCAAGGCUCAGCCCAAGUCAGCUGCCACCACAAAGAAGGAUGCCAGUGGUACCAAGGGAGGCGCUGCAGCCGGUAAAGCCACCAAGAAGACCGCCCGCCGCGGACGCAACAACCGGCCCGUGAAGAAGACCGCGGAGGAGCUGGACUCGGAGAUGGCUGACUAUUUUGACAACGCCAACACCGAGAACACUAAUGGCGCCGCCGCCGCAGCCCCGGUCGGUGGCGAUGCCGCGAUGGAGGAGGAUGUCCUCUAGUCAUUCUACAGCAUAUCACUUGGGACCAGAGGGGCGUGUAUGAGGUAGACUUGCAGGCAUGGUUUACGUAACGACUUCGAGCGGUUCGGCAUGGAUGGGGUUUGGGUCGGGCUCAGCUUUGAUUUUCGGUGUUCGCAUCACUUAGGCACAGAUUGGCACCAUUUCCUUAGCUGUCGGGAUACUGUAUAAUUCAAGAGGCUUAGCGAUAUCUGCCGUGUCGUCGAAUGAAUGAAAUGAGCAUAAUCCCUACUGACGUGUCUUGACUACUCCGAGG